UGACAGUCACAAUGAGGAAGUGACACUUUGAUAAUUAGAGGAAGUAGAUACAGCAUUUUUCUUUAAGAAGCUCCAGUUUAGAAACUUAUAAGUAUGAGAAGCAGAGAGAAGGAAGAGCACUGAGAGACAAGAUGGUUGAAUUCAGAUGGAUUAAAAUGUCUUUAUUUCUGAUGCUGGUGCUUCAGUUUACAGAUCUCCUCUCAUCAGUGGGACGAGACUCUUUCUUUGUCAGAGUUGGAGAUGGAGUCACUUUGCCUUGUGACAGUGCGAUAAAUGAUCAGCACAAAUGUGACAGGACAACAUGGACUUUCAGUGUUUCAAGAAGUGGAGAAGCAAAAGAGCUGGUUAAACUCGGGCAGGUUGCUGAACCUUCAUCAGACAGACUGAGUGUUCUACAGAACUGUUCUCUGGUCAUACAGAAGGUCACAGUCGAGGAUGUUGGUCGUUACAAGUGUCAACAGAACAAGUCAGGAGGAGAACAAGGUUCAGGCUCUGGGUUUUAUCUGUCUGUGAUCAGCAUGACUGAACUUAAGGACACUGAUAAGGUGACAUUUAACUGCUCUGUGGUGACAUAUGAGCGAUGUACACACACAGUGCAGUGGUCGUUUAACGGUAACAAUGUGGAUAAAGAUAACCAGGAUCUCAAGAUGUCACAGUCUUCCUGCUUUGCCUCUCUGCGGUUUCUGUCUUCUCAUUACUUUUACACAUCAAGGUAUAAAUUACUCAAGUGUAAAGUGACCAAUGGUAACAAAGUGCAGCAGUUUGACCUCAGCCCUCAGCCCUCAGGCGAGAAACCAGGUGAGGACACAAGAACAGCAACAACACAAUCAACAACGACUAAAUUAACCAGAAGAUCUGGAAACAGCAUGAAAGCAGGAACCAUGACGACGGCGUCUCCGACCAAAGGUGCUUCAACAGAACUUAAAGGUUGGUGGUGGUUGUACGUCAUUGCGGCUGUGCUUUUAGUCGCACUUUUAAUGAUUGUCGUGGGAGUCAUCAGAAGGAGGAGAUCUGAAGGGAACAAAACGCGGACGAACAACAAUGUUGCUGAUCCUGAAGAUGGUGUUUCUUAUGCCUCCGUCAGCUACACCAAGAAGGCCAACAGUAAAGCCCCAGUUCGGAGUAAAAAUGAUGACGAUGAAGGUGAUGCAGUGACCUACACGACUGUGAAAGCGUCCUCCUAUGACCCCAAGAACCUCUACGCGACCAUCAACUAACCACACAAACCGUGUCGUGUCGUCAGAUCUUUGCUGAUCUCUGUUAAUGUUUUUUAUGACAAUUUUCAUUUAGAUUAUUGUAAAAAAACCUCAAGGGUGGUUUAUUAAAAUGUAAAUGAGAUAUAUAACA